GCUGUGACCGAGGGCGAUGCCUCAUCACCAUUCAUUCUCAGGCAGGCACUCGGGACGAACACACACACUCGCACCGGUCCCUGGACAACUUCUUUUUUUUUUUUUAAAAACGACAACAACGAAAUAAAGCGUUAUGAUGACAGAAGAAAGUAGGGGCAAGCGAAGGAAACAAGCCAACCCCAGGAGGAAUCGAGUGGAUGCUGAGCAAGUGAGUUCACUGGGAUCUGAGGGGGAGGAUGAGGUGGGCCUGUGGAGCCUGGAGCCCCAGGACUGCCAGGAGAGCCUGGACAAGGCAAGCUUGACACCCAGCGAGGGGACGGAGGAGCCCGUCAGCCCCGCUCGCUCCACGCGGCCGCACAGCCUCAGCCCCGGCAGCAGGAGCUACUGGCCGCAAGUGGAGCAGGAGGCCGAGGCCGCAGAAGACGCCACCACCGCAUCUACCACUGACAGAGAGGGAGACCAGGGACCACUGAGGAUGUACUGUAAGAACUCAGACUCCCCAAAUGCUUUGGAGGACCUGGCCCACUAUGAAUUUCUGGCCCAGUUGAGGAAGGCCUCUACCUCAGCCAGUCUCUUGGACCACCUGAACCACAAUGGCACGGCAGCGGUGUACCACCCGGAAGGCAGGCACGAGGAGCUGCCACCUGCCAUCUGGUCACCAGGCGCUCAGCACCGCUCACCCGAGGGAGCAGAUGCAGGGAGGACCCAGCAGGCCUGUCCAUUCUGCCACAGGAUGUAUCAGCGAGGAGCCUCCUUGAGGGACCACAUCAAGUACUGUCAGGAGAGGGAGGGGGGCCACAUGGUGUGCCCACUCUGUGGAUACACUGCCACUGUUCGGGCACAGAUGGAGCGGCACCUGGCUUUUCAUAACCAAGUGCAGGACAAGGGUGUCAUCACUUUGGAUCAAGGCAUUGAGACCAGGAAGUUCAAAUGUCUGCAGUGUGGGAAAGCAUUCAAGUACAAACACCACCUCAAAGAGCAUCUCCGCAUCCACAGCGGUGAGAAACCUUACGAGUGCUCCAACUGCAAGAAACGUUUCUCUCACUCUGGCUCCUACAGCUCCCACUUGAGCAGCAAAAAGUGCCUGAGUGGUGGAGGAAAUGGAGGGGAGCGCGCAGGAGGAGCCAGCGGUGCAUUUAACGGGCAUAGCCAAAGCUCCUACCACCACUCAUUUCCAACAUCUCCCUCUCCAGGUGUGGGGAGGAACAGUACUGACAAGGGCUCCCCGUUGGCUUCACAGACCCAAGAUCAAACCGGGCUUCUAUGUCGAGUCCGAGAGGAUCCUCACCAGCUUUCCCUGCAGGACCACAACAGCGCCAGAGCAUCAGACCUGGCUCGGCUUUGGGACCCCUCAGCAGAGCUCUCUCUGAGGUCCAGUAUACUAAAAGGGACCACCCUUCUGCCUUAUCUGCACUCUGGGACCAAGUUUGAACAGAUGCUGCAGGAGAUGCUUCACAGGGAGGUGAGGAAAGAGGAGGAAAUGGUCAGAGGAGGAGGAGCUGCAAUGGAGGAAAGGAAGGGGAUUUACAAUGGAGGAGGGCCUGACAGGAAUGUGUCACCUGACAGGAGAAGAGGAAGAGUGAGGUCAGGUGAAGGGGAGAGAGGUGUGCUUGGGAUGACGUGUCGUUGGUGCUUCCAGAUCUUCCCCAGUGUGCCGGUGCUCCUGCAGCACGAGCGCUACCUCUGCAAGAUGAACCGAGAGGCAGUGGAGGUGCCCGAGGGUCUCCGCAGCAAAGACCACCCCUCGCCACCUUUAGUCUUCCCCAGAUCUGCUCUCCAACCGGAGAACGGCAAACCGAGUGAAGUGUCCAACGGCCUGUCUGGAAACAAAUCACCAUUGCAGAAGCCCAGCUGGCACUCUUUACCGCAGCAGCUUUUGGUGGCAAUGUACUCUCCCCCACAGCCCCACCAUGACGCCCCCUCCUCUCAAGCGUACUGCUCCAGCCAGGAAAAGGGAAGCCCAAGCCAACCAAUCAACCACUCCCCAGAGCUGUCAUCGCCUCGGGUCAGAAGGAGGUUUCCCUCUUCAGGUUUCGGUUCUCCAGUCUGCCUGGACCUCACCAGCUGUCCUCCCGAACUGAUCUCCCCUCAGAACCAGACCAGCAGCCCCUGGUCUGCACAGAACGAGCCUCUGGACCUCUCCCUACCCAAGCAGCUCUCAGACCAGGAGGGGAGAAACAAAACUGUAAACGGCAACUCAGGCAGACGAGAGAGGAGGGAGCACGGGACCCAGCAACUCAGGAGACCGAGUCCGACGUCACACCUCCACCUUCACCACCAUCCAGUCUACAGCGGGGCCAGAGCUCCUAUGUUUCCAGGUUCCUUAUAUAAUGGAUUUCCUAUCUUCAACCAGUCUGGUUUAGGGCUUUCAGGACAUGAUGGCAUCACAGCGAUGGCAUCACAGCCAGGGUUUCUCUCUCCUAUGGCUUACAUGAUGGAUGCAGACACAGAGGCGACCCUGAAAAAGAUCCACCAGGAGAGACAAGCUCUCAUGGGUGAAGUGUUAAGCCAUGGAGCUCUAGACUACCUCUCCCUCAUGGAAGAAGGACUGGAGGGAGAAGGGGGACCCGGGAGGAAAAGACUGAAGAAGACAGACGAGGGGCUUUACGCUUGUGACAUUUGUGACAAAACGUUUCAGAAGAGCAGCUCUCUGCUCCGACACAAAUACGAGCACACAGGUAAGCGUCCUCAUGAGUGCAAGAUCUGCAACAAGGCCUUCAAGCAUAAGCACCAUCUGAUUGAGCACAGCCGGCUGCACUCUGGAGAGAAACCCUACCAAUGUGACAAGUGUGGCAAACGCUUCUCUCACUCCGGCUCAUACUCACAGCACAUGAACCACCGCUAUGCCUACUGCAGCAAAGACCAGGAUCCAGACCAAGAUCACGAGGAAAUGCCUUUCACCCCAGGGGCAGGCAGAAAUACCGGGGGACGCCUCGCCGACGAGACCCCCCUGUCCAUGGAGGACACUCAGACGGCGCACUCCUUCCUCAGCGAUUCCAGUCUAGACGGAGCUGCAGAGGCCCUCAAGGAGGAAGAAGAGGAGGAGGAGGAGGAGGAUAAAGAUGCAGGUGUUAGUGAUGGUCAUGUGGAAAAGGCACUAGUGGGUUUGUUAGGGGCAGCAGAGGAGCUGGGAGGUAGCCCCUUCCUUGGAUCACCUACAGCGGAGAAGGGAGUGCAAAGCGAGAGAAAUGGUUACGAUGUGGGAAACCACAUUGUCAAAGCAGAGAGAGAAUUCUGGGACAGAGACACCGAUGGCCAGAAUGGAGACUUGGACAAAUGUGAACUUAGCCUGGAUUUAACAGAUUUAUCCAGAAUAAAAACUUAAGGUGACUACAACAAGCCAAUACAAUGCAUAUACCAUAUAUAUAUAUUAUAUUAAGAAUAUUGAUACACUUUUUAUUUCAUGUACAUAUAUAUAUAUAUAUAAAACUGAUUUAAAAAAAAAUAAAAAAGUUACAUGAGAAAAUGCACAGAACUUCCAAAGCAUAGAUGGCCUUAAAUUGGAUAAAGCCAUACAAACAAAAAUAUAUGUGGCAAUACGAAUUAUAGUAUUUUAUCAUGUAAAAUAGACUUAACGUACCUACAGCGCCUUUCUUUUGUCUUUGUUGUGUUGUAAUUUCUUUUUGCUAAAACACAUUUGGGUUGACUCAUCCGAGGUCAUGUAUCUAGAUGUAACGCUGCAUGAAUCUCACUUUGUAUUCGCUUGCUGCUGCUGACUGUUGCACAACCCAUAAAGAAGAGGCCUUUGUAUUUUUAUGGCCAGGAUCCAGUUUGCUUUGUUUAAAACAUUUUGACCGUUCACAUGUAGAUGCACACCAGUGUGCGACUUAAGAAACCAGACGGCACAGGAAAGGAUCGAUUGCAGUAGUGGAAAGACAUCUACUGUUACUUUAGCAUGCUAUUAAAGUUAGCGCUUAGAUGUUACAGAUACAGUCAUAUCAAUCAGAUCCGCUUGAUGCUCAGUUAGAAUAUUUAUUCUGGCAAGUGCAAGUACCAUUCAAUAUCCUGUGGUAUUAUUUCAUACAAACCCAUACCUCUAUUUUAAGAAAUGAGCAAUAACUUGUAACAUGUUUUACACGGAAAUACACACAUGCAGCUAUUACUUUGUCCCAAAGCUAUUGAUGGCUUGAGAUUAUAUGGAAGUACUCCUUUUUAUCAUUCAUGCUGUGAAAUAACAAGGUACAACCACCUCAUCUCUGCAACGAUGGUGCUCAGUGGCUUUUGACUAACCAGCAGCCUAUCUUCGUAGUUUAGAGCAAGCAGUAAAAAGAGGAAGAACUGGAAGGUGGUUGUUUAUUUAUUUUUUUAAGCAAAAAGCAGUGGACUGCACCUUUUAAAUGGUAUUCUUUGCCAAGGGACAGUCAUUCCUGUCAGUUUUGGGGGUUUUUCCUUCGAGGGGAGCAAACAAAACUUGCGCUGUCUCACUGUUUGUGUAAUAAUCACACAGAGCUGCUUCAUUUAAUCUUACGCGGAAAUAUCCCCCAUUUCUCGUAAUAAUUUACAUGCGCCAUUUUCUCACCCCCGGAAACACAUUUAGGGCUGUCUGUUAAGGUGUGGCGAGAAGGUCAAGACUCAGGACGCAUACAUCAACUUCCUCUUUCUGACUGCAGUGUAGUCAACGUGAGAAGUGCCUGAGAUGUACUCAAGACACUGUGAGUAAUCCGACAAAGCCUCGGUACGACGAGAUAAGACGGUGGUGCAUGAGGUGUGACUAAGCUUCUAGCAUUCAUGCAUACUGUGACAACUUUUGGUCAUAAUGUAUGUGUGUGUGUGCGUGUGUAUGUGUAUUUAUCACCAAAGAUAUGCAAAUGUGACAUGCCAACUGCCACCUUUCUCGUGCGUAGUUCCUUACCUGUUAUUUCUGGGUCAAAAAAAUACUGAAGAAAUGGUUUACUUUCCCUCAGCGUCAGCACACUUCUCUUUAUAACGUUACAAGCAGUGUUCUUUUUAUAUAUCUUUUACUGGCACCCAUGCAACUUUUGUAUUCACUUUUUAUAUGUUUUAUAAUGAAUAUAAUAAAAUUGUACAUACUUUGUCACAAGAAUGUUGUACAUCAUACAUUUUUUUCUUUUAAAAUAUUAUCCUCAAUCAGCAUUUUCUUGUGUUUUAAUU